AUGAGUCGACUGCCAACCGGCCCCCAAUUUACACUACAUCAUGCUAUAGCAACCGACUUGCUGUCGCAACAAGUUUCCCAAGAUGCCGCAAAAUCCAUCAUAGACAAGCACCUGGACCAAGAGGUGCCGCUCGCAACCUGUAUAGAAGAUCUGCUCCGGGAAUACUUUCGCCCGCUCUUUGCCGGCCCAUCGAACGGCGCACCGCCAACAAUAGGCGCAUCGCAGCAGCCAGGCCUUCUCUGGAAAGAGCAAGGAACCCUCGUAGCAGACCAGUUCAAGCGCCUUCUAGCGCUCUCCGAAGCCGAGACCAUCUCGAAAAACUGGCCGUCGUACGUGCCCGUCCUGGUCACCCUCAUCGAAGACGCCGAUAUCCGCUUCCGCCAGCGCGGCCUAGAGUCGCUGUCGGACUUUCUGCAUAAAUGCCCCCCACGCAUUCUCCGAUCCACCGGGGUGGACGUUGUCUUUGAAAAGGCCGUCUUCCCAAGCCUCAUGUUCCUGCCAUCCAUCACCCCCGAGGCCGAGUCGCUGACGAUUCUGCGCCCUGCGUACGCCGCCCUCAUUCAGCUCGGCGAGCUCGACUGCGACCCCGACGAUGACGGCAAGCCUCGGCGUGGGCUGCUCGAUCGAUUGCUGUGCGAGGGUGUGCUAGCAGGAUACGCGCAUGCAAACGAGUACAUUCGCAUUGUGGAGGAGCUCGUCAACACGCUGCAGGUCAUUGUUUCCAAGUUGCGUGUCCAUGCAACCAAGCACCUACAGGAGCUUCUGGAACUCUUCUCGAACAUCAUGACCGAUCCGCUAGCAUUUAUGCACCCGCCCACCGUCAUCGCGGCCAGUAAAGCCCUCCAGGCUACGAUAACGUGCUGCUGGCCGCGCAUUCGCGAAUCGAGGAGUCUUCAGGAGCAAAUCAGCUACAUUGUCUGCCAUAGCUGGAUCAACCUGCUGGACGAGUCGACCCUGAAAGCCGAGCAACCUGCGGCAUGGAACUUGCUCAACGACGCUCUUGUUACUACGGCAGCAGUGCUCCGUGCUGUAUGCACCGACGAUGGCGCAUGGAAGGCCCUGGAGGCCAUGAUACAGGAUGAGCCUGAAAUCAAGUCAUUUAUCGAUCAGGCAAAUGCGCACUACGAGAAGCUGCGAAAGGAAUAG